ACUCCCACCCCACACCUUCCCUGCCUCCUGCUGACCUGCUGACCCUGCCAAACCCCAGGUGCCCGGGCAGGGACCAGACAGAUGAAAGCCUGGGACCCAUCAGACAGCAUGGGAGAAACAGCGCCCAGCUCUGAGCCUCCCCUAAGCCCCCGAGGCCCCCCGAAACCAUAAGGGCUCUGGGCCCUGGACCCAGCAGGCUGGUCGAGGCCGUCAGGCCCAGCUCCCGGGCUCAGUGUGGGCAUCUUGGGGGCCCCCCGGUCAGCACCUGGGUAGAUGCCACCUCGGCGGGCCUGUCCCAUCAAGAGCCAGGGCGAUUCCAUGCUGGGACCAGGGCUCUGCUCCCCUGGGCUGGCACUCCCCUCGCCUGCCACCUGCCCCAUCUCCACAGUCCCAGCAGAGCCACCUCUACAUCCCUUAGCUUCCUGUUCCCCACCCCUGCGAUGCCCACCGCCCACAGUGCCCACGGUCCCAGGCUCUCUGUGAACCUCACCAGCUUCUGAGCAUGACACCCUCUGUAGGCACCAGUGUGGCUGCAAGGCCUGGGGACCUGAUGGUUGACCUGUGCUCUCUCCGCCUCCCUCCCCAGCUGCACCUGCUGCCCCAGAGGCCCCAGAAGCUCGGGCCUUGAGGAGAUGGCCGCAGGAGUGAUCCGGCCUCUUUGCGACUUCCGGCUGCCCCUGCCCACCCACGGGCCCUUCCUGCCCUCAGACCCGGAGCCCCAAGAGACUUCUGAGGAGGAGGAGGAGGAGGGGGAGGAGGGGGAGGAGGAGCUGGAGGGGGCGGGGCCAGAGGGCCGCAGCCCAGCCCCCCAGGCCUCAGACUGGGCCCCAGAAGCAGCCCCCCGGGGUCCCAGCAGCCCCGAGAACCCCCUGCAGCUGCUGCGCUUCUCCGAGCUCAUCAGUGGCGACAUCCAGCGGUACUUUGGCCGCAAGGACAGGGGGCAGGACCUGGACACCCGUGACAUCCGUGAGGACGACAGCUCAGCCCAGGGCCUCCGCUGUGCUGACCUGGUGAACCGGGCUCCGGGUGGGCCCCCCGGUGGCGAGGAGGCUAUGGAGCCCGGUGUCCUCUCCCCGAGGGGUCCCGAGGGGCAGGCACGCGGGCUGGGGCCCCUGGCCGAGCUCUUUGACUACGGGCUGCGGCAGUACUCAGGGCCCGGGGCCCCGGCCGGCCGCCGGCUACGGCUGGAGCGCAAGUACGGCCACAUCGUCCCCAUGACCCAGAGGAAGCUGCCGGUCUCCUUCUGGGAGGAGCCGGCGCCCGGCCCCCUGGGCCUGCUCCGCCCCGGCACGCCCGACUUCAGCGACCUGCUGGCCAGCUGGUCUGCGGAGACCGGCCCCGAACUGCCCGGCGGAGGCCCCCAGACCCUGGAUGGGGUGCAGCUGGCCGAGGCCUAGCGAGUGGGCCGGGGUCGGGGGUGGGGGGUGGGCCGGAGCAGCAGGCCUCUGGACUGUCACUGCUCUCUCGGAGGAGCCCCUUGGGCCCCCCAACCAUGGUGGCAGCCAGCAGAACAAGCCAGCUCAGGUCGGGACUUGGCAGGCCCAGGGAGUCGGCCCCCAGCAGAGGCCCCCCGGGCAGGAGCCGCAGCCCCUCA